ACUGGGGGAGAUGACAUGGCGGGUCUCAGAGCUAGCUUAUGUGAGCCAGCGGGGAUAUCUGUACAUGCAAGUAGCCUUAAAAUAUUGAUUAUUCAUUCUCCUGCUAGGCCUCCUCCUGUUUCACUGGCAUAUAUCCAUCACCAGAGGGCUCCACUGACCUGCCUGCUGACAUCAGAGCACACCCCUUUGUCAUGUCACCUGGCUGGAGUUGCAAAGCUGGACUCAGAACUGGCCCAGCCCGAGUCGGAGGUUUUCGAGAUCACCGACUUCACCACUGCAUCCGAGUGGGAGCGUUUUGUGUCCAGAGUGGAGGAAGUGCUUAAUGAUUGGAAGCUGACAGGGAACACUGCACGCAAGGUUUCUCCAGAAAAGGGGGAAUACACCAGUGGAACCUGGGGGGAGAAGUCACAGGAAAUUAAUUUUGCUGACUUCAAGUUCUACAUAACCCACUACUUUCUGAAACAAGCAUGUGAAGAGGAUGAUGGGAAGGACAACCUUGAGGAAGAUGCUAUACCGUUGGCAAUGCAGGAUCUUCUCUGUAUGAACAAUGAUUUCCCUCCACGAGCCCACUGCCUGGUCAGAUGGUAUGGCAUACGAGAGUUUGUGGUCAUCACCCCUGGAACGAACUGUGAGGCCAUCAUCAGUGAGUCGAAAUGCAACCUGCUUCUAAGCUCCAUCUCCAUUUCUCUGGCCAACAGUGGCUGUCAGGUGCCGAUGUUUGUGCAGAUCCAGCAGAAGUGGAGGCGGAUGUAUGCCGGAGAGUGCAAAGGACCAGGUGUGCGCACCGACUUUGAGAUUGUUCACCUGCGCCGAGCGCCCGUGCAGUACAACCACUUGUCCGGCCUGCUUGACAUCUUCAAAUCUAAGAUAGGUUGUUCCCUGUUCCCUCUGCCUCCAGUCAACAUUGCCAUUCGCUUCACCUACGUUCUCCAAGACUGGCAGCAGUAUUCAUGGCCGCAGCAGCCUCCAGACUUUGAUGCGCUCCUUGGUGGCGAGGUGGGGGGGGUGGAGUUUGGGAAGUUUCCAUUCGGUGCCUGUGAGGAGCCAAUAAGUGAACUUCAUCUCGCAGCAACCUGGCCUCAUCUUACUGAAGGCAUAGUUGUGGAUAAUGACGUGUACAGUGACCUCGACCCUCUUCAAGCUCCUCAUUGGUCAGUUCGAGUCAGGACAGCUGAAAAUCCUCAGUGUUUACUGGGUGAGGCUGUGACAGAGCUCUUUAAACUCUGCUGUAGGACUGAGUCCACAGAGGAGAUUCCUGGAAGAGGAUACGCUGAAGAUGAGGGCAAAGAAAACAGUGAUAUCAGCUCUGCUUUGUCCAAGCUCACCGAGCCAGCAGCAACUGUGCCCAUUUCCAAACUGUCCGUCUCCAACAUGGUGCACAGUGCCCGGAAGCACAUUCGCCGCCAUCGACGCAUCGAUGAGUCGCCCCUUAACACCGAUAUACUCAAUUCUGUCCUUCUGUAUCUCUUUCCAGAUGCUGCUGUGGAGAAGUCUGACUGUAAGAAUAACUCUCAGCUGUCGAGCUCCUGUGGGACAUCAGAGCAAGAGAAAACCUCUGAUUAUAACCUUUUCCACCAGCUGAAGUCAGCACCCAGUGACAGUCUGACCUACCGUCUGGCUCUGUGUGUGUGUCUGGUCAACUAUUACUACGGUGGGCUGCGGGCUGUUGGACACCUCUGGCAGGAGUUUGUCCUUGAGUUGCGUUAUCGGUGGGAAA